AUGUCCGCCGCAGGUCCGCCGCUCGCCGCGGACGUGCAGCUCGACGAGCGCCAAAUGUACGUCGUCGAGUGGGCCGACGGCGCCGUCUUCGGCUUUACCGUUGCGCCCGUGCAGUCGGACCGCGGGCCGGUGCUGUGCCUCGCGCGGCGCACGGCCGCCGACGCGUCGGUCGGUCUGCAGGACGUCGUCCCGGGCGAUCUGCUGGUGGCCAUUGGACCGGACAAAGUCUAUCACAUGGGCGCGACGCAGGCGACGAACCGCUUGCGGGCAGUGCCCAAACCCGUGCGGCUCACGCUGCAGCUGUCGCCGUUCGGGGCCGACGCCAGUGCGGCGGCGGCGCCACUGACGGAGCUGCCGCCGCUCGCGCCGCACGAGUGUACGUACGUGUGGACGUCGGGGCCGCUGGGGAUCGUACUGACGACCGACGCGGUUAGUAAGUUACCGCGUGUGAAGCGGUUUACCGGUAAAGCCGACAGUGUCGCGCUCGCGCGCGAAGUCCAAGUGGGCGAUGAACUGAUUUACGUGAACCAGACGCCCACGCGGGCGCACUCAAUCGCAGCGAUUAUCCAUCUGAUUCGCGAAAUGCCGAAACCCAUUACGCUCCGGUUCCGCAAGAACCCGUUGCCCGAAGCCCACGAGACGGCGCUGCCCGAAGGCGACUACGACUUUCUGUGGGAGUUUGGCUCGCUGGGGUUAGUCGUGGGCACGUCGGCCGACGGGUUACCGUAUGUCCGGUCGUUCACGGGCAAAGGCACGUCGAAGCAGCUCGCACAGGUACGGGAGAACGACGAGAUUGUGAUGGUGAACGACCGGUUGGCGUCGGAGCUCGGCUUCCACGAGACGAUGCAGUACAUUAUGAAUGUACCAAAGCCCGCGCUGAUCCGGUUCCGUCGACCGGCUGCAAACCAGAGGAAGACCGGGAUGCUCGACCAGUCUGCCAAGAGCACGAUGUCGCUGUUGACGGCGCAAACGGCUGCAAUGGGCGUGAAUGGAGAGCCGCCGCACCUGCAGCGCACGUCGUCUGUCGGCCCUUCUGCGUGUGCAGCGGGGUCCCCACCAGCUACUACACUGGUGCGGAGCCAGUCGUCGUCGCACUGCAGUUUGGCUGCUGAUGAGACGGACGCGAGUCCUGGUAUACUGGCCUACCGAAGCACGCGCAGCAACAGUUCGUUGCCAAUAGUUCGUCGCCAGAACGUGGCAAAACACCAGGGUCAGCCAUCGCAAGCUGGACAAGGGGUAGAGGACUUGACGUUUGGCCAAAUGGCUUCAGCACAGGGCUACGGAGACACAGGCUAUCGGCAUCAGCAGCCGCCGCCGCCGCAUGAACCAUACCAUGAGCAAGUGCCACUGCAACAACAGCAGUCGUUCUACCGGUCAUCGCAAGAAGGACAGCAGCAGGCUCGAAACGGGAGUCUAGGGGAGGACGGCGACUUCUACGAAAUCGACUCGGACGCGUACUACCAAAUCCAAUGGACCGAUGGUCCGUUCGGCUUCACGGUGCGUGAAGCGCAAUCGGAGCAAGGCUCCGUAGUCCUCAUUACCAAACGCACGGGCAAAAGCACGUGUGCCGGUCUGCGUCGUGUGGCCGUAGGCGACAUCCUGAUAAAGAUUGGAAACAAAGACGUUCGCCAACUGGGGUUCGAGCGGUCGACAAUGCAUUUACGCAACGUCCCGAAGCCCGUGUUGUUAACUUUCCAAGCCAUCGAUUAG